AUGUCCGACGAGGCGCUCCUGAGCAUGGACGAAGGCACGCUCCGGAAACUGCUGCGAGGAACCAGCGAAUACGAGGAACGGAAACUCAUCCGAGCUGCUAUCCGCCAACUGCGCGCUGAAGAGAUUGAAGCUGCAAAGUUGGCGGAGAAAGCUUUCAAUCACCGGAGGGUCACCGACACGGCUCGGGCGUCGAGUGAGCAAGAGGAAAACGCUGCAGGGGACAGAAACGCCCAGGUGCAGAACCGAGCAGGGGAGGAGUUGGUUCCAAGCCAGAUCCAGGAGCCGCUGGAUCCCAAGGCGGCUGAUGAUCCAGAGUCUUCCUCGGGGACCAUCCUGCUCCUGGAAGCCGUGUCCGGCCAGCGGCCUUCCGAGUCUGCUCCUUUCCCAGGCCAGGAGGCGAGCGGUGAAGACCUUGGGCCCCAUUCCCGCGACCACGAUUCAGGCCCCGAACCACAGCCGCCGCCUUCGGAGGAGGAGGAGGAAGCUGGAGGCCUGGCACCCCUCAAAGUCCAGGAGGGGCUGAACUCCUCCGGAGGAGAAGCCGCCUCUCCAACCAGGGAAGAGGAGCCGCUGGAGAUGGGCAGCGCUGGGAGGGACAUUCCCCCCAAAGAAGGGUCUCUCCUGAGCCAGAAGAAGGAGGUUGUGCCUCAGGCCCCAGAAGAGAGAGGAGCAGGUGCUGCAGGCCAGGAGGGAGACGGGGAAGCAACUGGAGCCUCCCAAACGGUAGAGACGGACAGCUAUGAAGCUCCUGCAAAGCCACCUAGUGCAGAGCCUUGCCGGGAGCAGCCCUUCCAAAGAGCCAGCUCCAUCCGGGAACGAGCUCGCCAGUUCAGCUCGGACCCCGCAAACCCUCCAGCUGCACCCCAGAAAGGAGAGAAGGCUGGCCGAGGGCUACCGCAGCACCUUCCGCCUUCCCGGCACGCGGCCAACUCACCCUUGAGGGACCGUGGCGGCACUGCCAUUCGGACGCUCCGGCCCAGCGGUGAAGCGCAGGACGCGGCCCGGACGGUCCCUUCUCACGCCAAGGCUGGGCCGGGCAGGCCCCCUUCUCAGGCUCCGUCCGUCCCUAAAGAGGCCGGCGGCCCCCAAGGGCGGUUCCAGGGCAGCCAAUGGCAGGAGAGGAAGCUGGCCCCCACCCGGUCCAGGGAUGAAAACUCCAAGGCCGCCCCCACAGGCUCAGAGGUGGUCCGUGGCCAGCAAAGCGGCUGUGCCCACGGCCCGGCAGGCUCCCUGGUCCGCCCUCCAGCUGCCCACCCUGACGACGAGAUGAAGACCCUGCUGACCAUUGAAAUCAAGGACAGCCGGCAUCAGCCUCUGCGGGGCCACCUGGCGGGACCCCCCGGGAACCAGCGAGCAGAGCUGACCUUGGGGCUGAGGAACUCCCCACUGCGAAUCACCCCCUCCAGCCAUGGCGGCUCCAGCGGCAGCUUUGAGAAGAUGGAUGCCGAGUUGCCCACGCAGCCCAAGGUGGCCCCGCUGACCAGGACGGAGAAGGUGCAGGAAGAGCGAAAACCGAAUCGUCUGAGCGCUGAGGAGCUGAGCAAAAUUGAAGAAGAAGACGUCUUGGAUAAGAUGCUGGACCAGACCAGAGACUUUGAGGAGCGACGGCUGAUCCGGGCAGCCAUGCGGGAUCUGCGCCAGCGGAAGCGAGACCAGCGAGAGAAGGAGCGGAACGAGCGGCUGCAAGAGGCCAAAGCGAAGGGGGGCUCCCACACCACCGAGACCACCUCCCAGCAUAGCAGAACCUCAGCAGAUGGCUCCGCCGUCAGCACGGUCACCAAAACCCAGCGCCUCGUGCAGUCCAAUGAUGGCAACAAAGCAUCCCGCACCAUCACAAUGGAGGCAAGCUACACAAAGAGAUCAGAAAAAGACGGCAACACCUUUGUCCAGACCAAGUCGUACAGCUCGUCGUCUUCCAAGAAAGUGGGCAGCAUCUUCGAAAGGGAGGAUCCAAGCCCCAGGUCUGGGAGCAGUCUAGCUGACUUGGAGCGGCGCCAAGCCGAGAGGAAGAAGGAGAUCAUGAAGGCCCAGACCAUGCCCAAGAUGUCCGCCUCGCAGGCGCGCAAGGCCAUGAUCGAGAAGCUGGAGAAGGAGGGCGGGAGCCCUGCCAGCCCCGCGAUGGCCCGGGUGGCCAUCCAGCGCUCCUCCAGCUUCGGGGUCCCCAACGCCAACACCAUCAAGCAGAUGCUCCUGGACUGGUGCCGUGCCAAGACACGGGGCUACGAGCACGUGGACAUCCAGAACUUCUCCUCCAGCUGGAGUGACGGCAUGGCCUUCUGCGCCCUCGUCCACAACUUCUUCCCCGAGGCCUUCGACUACACGCAACUCUCGCCCCAGGACCGGAGGCACAACUUUGAGAUGGCCUUCUCCGCAGCUGAGAUGCUGGUGGACUGCGUCCCGCUGGUGGAUGUGGAGGACAUGAUGGUGAUGGGGAAACGUCCGGAUGCAAAAUGCGUCUUCACUUACGUCCAGUCCCUCUACAAUCACCUGCGGCGUCACGAGCUUCAGCGGCGGCAGGCGCACCUGUAGCCGUUCUCCUCUUCUGAGAGACACCCUAUCCACCCCCCACUCCCAAAACACGGGGGGGGGGAAGCUUCCCACACUUUCCC